UGGCCUCAGCUCUUGCCCGGUGGUCUCGUACCCCCAGAAGAGAACAAAAUUGAAUUAAAAAAAUGUCAUGGUUGGCUCACUCUUUGGCAAACUCUCUCCGACUCGAACUCGACGGCGACGACGACGGCGACGGAGCCGAUGAAUACGAUGAUGAAGAAAACAACGUCGAACCUCAUCGUUCUCACGUCUCGCCAACUCAUUCGCCCGGAAACGAUCAACGUUAUCAUCAGCGGCAACCGCACCAAACGCAAGACGAUGAAUUUGAAUCAGACAAUGAUGCGCAACUUCGAGGAGUCAAAGAGGACCUUGACGAAUUGAAGCAAGCCCUAACUCGCCAAUUUUGGGGAGUGGCUUCUUUCCUAGCUCCGACCCCAACAAACUCCCACCCUCCUUCUAAACAGACGUUUUCUGAUCCCGCGGCAUUAACCGGUAAUCAAUCGGAGCCAUCUGAUCAAUGUGCUUCUGGAAGUGGUGAAGGAAUUGAUGUGCACGAUGGCCUUGGAAUUUCCUGGAUUGGGCGUGAAGAAAUUGAAGGUCGAUUCCGUAAUGAAGUUCCAGGAGUUUCGUUUACGGCUUCGGAUUUGAGUUCGCAUGGCCCGGAGUAUGUUGAGAAUGGGGAAUUUGAAAUGGAUGAGCCUGAUCUUAAACAAGCAAUUGGAAUUACAGAGGAGGCGUUGACCUUCGCGAGAAAUAUAGCGAUGCAUCCUGAGACGUGGUUGGAUUUCCCUAUUGACGAGGAAGAAGACACUGCUGAUUUUGACAUGUCUGAUGCUCAGCAGGAGCAUGCUUUUGUCAUAGAGAGACUUGCUCCACGGUUAGCUGCACUCAGAAUUGAACUGUGUCCUUGCCAUAUGAGUGAAGGUUACUUUUGGAAAGUCUAUUUUGUACUUUUGCAUUCUAGACUUAAUAAACAAGAUGCUGGAGUCUUGUCUACUCCCCAGGUUAUGACAGCCAGAGCAAUGUGGAUGCAGGAGUUGCAGAAGCAAACCAAGCCUGAAUCUGAAUGGUAUGGUAGAAGCACAUCCUGUGUAAGAGACAUUGCUUCAGAUGAGGAUCUUCGUCCUAGCAUAUCUGAUUAUACCAUGUCUCAUGGGACACAUGGAUACGAACCAAUCAGUUGUCCCACAGUAGUGGAUUAUGAGUCUGAGAAGCACACCAUUGAAAGUUCUGAAACAGUUUUUACUGAUAAGUCUGUCAUUGAGGAAAAACCAAUUGUUAAAACUGAUGACAAGGGAUUAACAAGUGAUAGAUCUUCAAAAAUUGCCGUUUCAAACCAUGAAGAUGGUGAGGAUGAAUGGCCUGAGGAAGAUUCUGAAUUGGAGGGAACCAUCAUCCCAAUGGUUAAUGAAGACAUAUCUUUCAGUGAUCUCGAAGAUGAUGAUUAUGGCAUAAAACAUGUUAAAUCCAAAACAGAUCCAAAGACAAUAUGAAAUUUCAAUGCAAAAUACAUGUCUGUUGUGGAAGUGAGAACACUGCAGUGUCCCUGGUGUCGGGGGUUAAAAAGCUGGCAGUGGUGUCUUGGGCACCAAGACAAGGUCAGGGACAUUCUGGUUUCACUAUAUAAUGAUGUAGAAACAUUUGUCGGAACAUCGCACGAAAUAUUGACAUAUCCAAGUGUAAAUUCAAAACCACAUUCGUCCUUGUCUUCAAUUGUUCAUAAGAGUGAAUAUCCAACUGGAACAUAAGAUGGAUGUUUGAAGCCAGAACCAUAUUUUCGGCUAAUUAGACUUGGAAACUUUAUUAGCGGAGUUCAGGAUAAUACUUGGCUUGAACAGAUCUCAACAAUGCUGUUGCUACCAGCGAACCGAAAAUUUGUGUUUGAUGUCACCGGGAGAGUGACAUUGGAAACAGUUAAAUCGUUCAUGGAGUUUCUGUUAUGGAGGAUAACAGAUUGAAUGAAAAGUUCAUGAUGAGACUUUUGGCAAAGGAUUGGUACUUGUCAGAUACGCGGGCGCCAUCUUGCAAUGUGUUUACAUAUUCUUGGUGGUAGUAAGAUUGUGGUGCUUGCCUGGUUUGAUGAUUAUUUCAAACUGAUAAAGUGCAGUGCUUUUGGAAUCUAAGGACAACAAAAAUUGGAUGUUAAACGCAUAUGUCCUUUCCAGGACUUUUAAAUGGAGUUGCGCUUGGCAAUAAUGUUUAGCUGUCUCCUUUGCCAUACUGAAAAUCUGAAAUGGUUUGAUUAGUGUUUAAUGCUCUUAAUGUUUAAUAUGAUGCAUGCAUGCAAUAUUUGUUGAGUUCAAUGUCUCAUUGUGCAAAAAUUAGGGUCAAUCUUUAGAACGUAUCGAGGGAAGUCAAAAGAACUAAACCAAGCAGCUCUAUAAUUGUCAUUUUAUGGACAAUCCAUGUAGAUCUAUGUAUAAAAUGAAUGUGUUGCUCUA